CCGGCCGGGGCGUGCAGUGGCGGUGUGGGCUUUGUGGCCGCCCGGGGCUGCGCGGCCGGGUGGGGCUUGGCUUGGUUCCGCGCCGUCCUCUUGCCGCCGGGCUCCGGAUUCUACUGUAGGAGCUGGGGGCAAGAAGGUGAUCCUGAAGCCUGAAUUUCUGGGGAUGAAAAUUCACAUAAUACGAUGUCAGACAAACUCACAGUGCUGGAACCUUCAGCCUCUGAGCCCGGGGAAUUUCAUGAAGACAGAUUAGCGCAGCUGUUGGGGAAUCCAGAGAGGCAGGGCCUAGAGAGUCCCCCCUCUCAGGAGGGGGGCUUCAAACAGAUGACAGUGACCCACUGGAAAAUUCAAACAGGAGAAACAGCCCAGAUGUGUAGUAAGUCGGGAAGAAACCCUAUUCUCAACUCAAACCUCCUUAUACUUCAGAGAGAGCUUAUAGAAGGGGAGGGCCGUUCUUGUGGUAUUGGUGGCAAGAGCUUCCCUUUUAAUUCAAAUGUAGUUCCACAUCAGGUUUCUCACCCAGGGGAGAAGCCUUAUCACUGUGAUCAUUGUGGAAAAGGUUUCAGUCAAAACUCCCUCCUCAGUGAACAUCAAAGAGUCCACACCGGGGACAGACUCUAUGUGUGUAACGUGUGUGGGAAAGACCUCAUUCACUAUGCAGACCUAGUUGAACAUCAGCAUGUACAUACAGGAGAAAAGCCCUUCAAGUGUGCCCAGUGUGGAAAAGCGUUUUGUCACAGUUCAGACCUGCUCCGGCACCAGAGAGUCCAUACCAGAGAGAGGCCUUUUGAGUGUAAAGAGUGUGGGAAAGGUUUCAGUCAGAGCUCCUUGCUCAUUCGCCAUCAAAGAAUCCACACAGGAGAGAGACCCUAUGAGUGUAACGAGUGUGGAAAAUCUUUCAUUCGGAGCUCCAGCCUUAUUCGCCAUUACCAGAUCCACACAGAAGUCAAACAGUAUGAAUGCAGGGACUGUGGGAAAGCCUUCCGACACCGUUCAGACCUCAUUGAGCACCAGAGAAUUCACACUGGAGAGAGACCCUUUGAGUGUCAUGAGUGUGGGAAGGCCUUUAUUCGAAGCUCAAAGCUCAUUCAGCAUCAGAGAAUUCAUACUGGAGAACGGCCUUAUGUAUGCAAUGAGUGUGGGAAGCGUUUCAGUCAGACAUCCAACUUCACUCAGCAUCAGAGAAUCCAUACUGGGGAAAAACUCUAUGAGUGUAAUGAAUGUGGGAAAGCGUUCUUUCUGAGUUCAUACCUUAUACGACACCAGAAAAUCCACACUGGUGAACGGGUGUAUGAAUGUAAAGAAUGUGGGAAGGCUUUUCUGCAGAAGGCCCACCUCACUGAGCAUCAGAAGAUCCACACUGGAGACAGACCCUUUGAGUGCAAAGACUGUGGGAAAGCCUUCAUCCAGAGCUCUAAGCUGUUGCUGCAUCAAAUUGUACAUACUGGAGAGAAGCCCUAUGUGUGCAGCUACUGUGGGAAAGGCUUUAUACAGAGGUCCAACUUCCUUCAGCACCAGAAGAUGCACACUGAAGAGAAUCUCUACAAGUACAGUCAGCUUGGAAAAGAUCUUACCCCACCUCCUGAUCUUGUCCACCAGGAGGAUCUUUCCCUGAGUGAGACCUCUGUUCAUUUAGGAGAGACAUCUAUGGAUCAGGAGUGUCAUGCAGAUAAUUUAUAGGACAGUCAGUCACUCUCCCAGUCAGCAAGUGGUGCUUGGAUAUGGGCAUACUUAGUGUGUGUGUGUGUGUGUGUGUAUAU